CGGAAUUUCUUCUCGUCUUUGCCGCGCAAUCUGCGAUCUCGCUCCAAGUCGAUAACCCUAGCUCCGUAGUGCUUCGAUUCCUACCAUUUUCUCUACAUUUCUGAAUUCAGCAACCAUUGCUUGUUUCCGGAGUUAAAGGUUAUCAACAUAUUGCAAAGUUGAACUCAAAAGAGCGAAGUGUUAAUUAAAUCAUUCUGAGACACUGAAAUGAGAUGCAAUGCGUGCUGGCGGGAAUUGGAAGGGCGAGCAGUCGCCACAACAUGUGGUCACAUCAUGUACUUCCUUAAUAACUUUUGAAGGCACGGAAGAUGCUGGUAGGAUUCUCAGUAAUGAUGGUUCGUGUCCUGUUUGUGAUCAAGUGCUCUCUAGAAGUCAUAUGAAGCCAGUGGACAUCAAUCCAAAUGACGAAUGGAUCAAUAUGGCCAUGAUGGGAUUAUCUCCUCAAAUAUCAUUGAAGUGUGUAUACAAAAGUUUCAUGUUUCAUAUUGGGCAAAAAGAAUUGGAGAUGCAAGCCAAGAUGAAUAAAUUAGCAGCUCAGUAUCGGCAGAAAUGUGAAUUGAUGAAAGAGGCACUUACACAGAAAAUGGAGGAGACAAUUGGCGCGUACCAGAAAAUGCGUAAGAGGUGCCAGAUAUUGGAGCAAGAGAAUGAGAAUCUGACUAAGGAUAAAGUGGAACUGCAAGAAAAGUUUUCAGAAAAGUGCAGGCAAAAAAGGAAACUCGAUGAUAUGUACGAUCAAGCAAGAAAUGAAAUCGAGUCAAUGAAACGUUCAGCAAUUCAGCCGGCAAAUAAUUUCUUCAAUAGGCCAGAAGCUAACAUGUUCUCAGAACCAGACAGAAGAGACUCUAUGAGGACCGAUUGGUCGGUUCUCACUCCUGACACUCCAGGGCCAAGAGAUGACAUGUGGCCGGCACGACACAACAAUUCUAACUCCACAUUUGACAUGUCUGGUGGCUCACCUGCCAAACAAUCGGCCGGUCUUGCUGAAACUGGUAGUCGAGUGCCAAGUUCCCAUCCUUCUUUUGGCGUUGGAGCUGGACAGCGCCCAGCAAAUCCUUCAAUGACUCUGAGGAAUCUUAUCCUUUCACCUAUAAAGCGGCCUCAACUCUCGCGUAGUCGACCUCAUGUGUUCAUGUGAUGAAGCUAUAGUUGAAAAUGAAACUGCAGCCAUGUUUGCAGUUACCUCCUCAAGCAUGCAGUGACACUGACAUAGGAGUAACUCGUUCGUUCAACACCCAACUGUCGUUCUGAUAGAAACUAAAACGACAUAUUAGUAAAUGCAACACUGGGAUUACCAUCUGCAAACUACUCGAGACAUCGUACAAUUAUAGUAUGCGAGUAUAUAUCUAUGUGUAUUCACUUGUUACGUGAAAUAAUUUCGGGUGACAGAUACAUUUUCAA